AUGGCUGUACACAUGGAGAAGGAGUCAUUUAUAACUGAGGCUCAUAAUGCACCGGUUACUUCUCAGAGAAAGGUCAGAAGCGACUUGGAAGAUUCUGUUCCAAAGCCAUACCUGCCAAGGGCAUUGAAAGCUCCGGAUGCAAACCACCCACAUGGAACUCCUGGCCACAGGCACUACAACAUGACUGUUCUUCAGCAGCAUUGUGCUUUUUUUGAUCAAGAUGAUGAUGGAAUAGUUUACCCUUGGGAAACUUACACGGGGCUGCGAGCUCUUGGAUUUAAUAUCAUUGCAUCAGUCAUUAUGGCUAUUGUCAUCAAUGUUGGAUUGAGUUAUCCCACUCAGCCUCACUGGUUUCCUUCUCUCCUCUUUCCUAUCUACAUACAAAAUAUUCACAAGUCAAAGCAUGGGAGUGACUCUGGAGCAUAUGACACAGAAGGACGUUUUGUACCAGCAAAUCUUGAGAACAUGUUUAGCAAGUAUGCUCGUACAGUGCCUGACAAGCUCACCUUUAAAGAGCUUUGGGACAUGACUGAGGGAAACCGAAAUGCAUUUGACCCAUUUGGCUGGGCUGCUGCUAAAUUUGAAUGGGGAGUUCUGUACAUUCUAGCUAGGGAUGAGGAAGGUUUCCUUUCCAAAGAAGCUGUGAGAAGAAGCUUUGAUGGGAGCAUUUUUGAGUAUUGUGCUAAAAUGCAAGCUGGUAAACAUGCCAAGAUGGGUUGAAUUGUAUUUUGUGAGCCUGUAUGUUAGGGAUAUGUGAAUCCACUGUGGUGUUCACUGUGGAAGAUGUAAAAUGUUAGGGGUAUUAUGUAACAAAAUAAAAAACUAGUUGGGAUCUUGAGGUCUGGGAUUGACACAUCUAUUGAAGUGUUUCAAAUUCAGCAAUGCAAUAGUAGUAUGUAAGUUUCUUACGCAUAUUCAUGUAAUGUACGUAUAGUCCUUUUUCUUGUGUUUGAAAUUGCUAAUACUGUCCUGGGUUCAUCAACAUAAAAAGCUGUUUUGG